AUGUUGAAGAACUCCCGCUCUCCAGCCUUACUAUUAUUUUUGAGCUCCAUUAUCGAGAAAAAGCCUAGACGCCACCAUCGUCUGCCACAAGUUGUCACAGAUUGGCGGUUCUCUGCCCACACAAACUCGAAAAACCUUGGCCUGCAGCUAUGGCCUCUACCCGCAAACACGAUACUUCUGAGUCGCAGCCUACAUCAAAGUGCUAAAUGCGGCAACCCAAUGGCCGAAGCCCUAACCGUAAUAGAGGUCGCCCUCUGCAUUACUGAAGUAGUAGAGCGCCUCUGCAAAUACAUCUCGGCUGUCAAAUCCGCCAAAGAUGACAUCCGCAAGCUCAUCCAGGAGCUCCUUGCCCUCAAAGGCGCAAUGGACCACUUCCGCACACAAAACGAGCGUAGCAUGGAUAACCCGCUACAGGAGCAGGCUCGCGCCAUGCUCAAGAUGACUCAGGAGACCCUCGACGCCAUACGAAAGAAGCUCGGUACGCCAAAGACGUCGUCCUUGGGCCGCGCUGCCCAAAGUCUUGCCUGGCCUUUUCGGCAGGGCGAUGUAGAGACGUAUUUUGCUACUGUCGAGAGAGCCAAGACCUGGUUCAUCAUGGUACUGAUGCGGGAUUCACUCGAUACUACGGCAUCUGUGUUGUCAGAGAUGCAGAAGCUGACGGCGCUUGUGCAUGAGGAUAUUAUUGCGCGCAAGACGGAUCGGAUGCUGGAGGAGACGGCUGAUUUGCUCAAGUGGCUCUCGCCCGUCGAUAGUGAGGACAAGCUUGUCAGUUCUAGGCAGGAUCGCGCGCCGGGCACUGGCAGAUGGAUAGUCGAUAAGACGUUCCUGGAAUGGCAAAGGAGCACUUCCACUGAUCGGCCAGUAUUCUGGAUCACUGGAAGGUCAGGAUCCGGCAAGACGGUGCUUUUCUCGCAACUCGUUGGGGACCUCAGAGCACACCCUAUCGAUGAGGCCUCGGAAGAGAACGGCAACAUAGGUGUCGGUUUCCACUGCUGCUCCCUAGACGAUGCGGCAUCCCAAGCCGUCCCGAACGUCUUUGGUUCCAUCCUGGCUCAGAUAGGAGCGACAAACCCCAGCAUCCUUGACCACGUCCGGCCGCUGAGAAAGUCGGGGAACAACCUGAUCCCGCAGAACAACCUUACCGUCGAACAGAUUUACGACGUGAUGGGCGAAGCUCUGGGGUUAUUUGAUGCCUUUUAUCUCAUGAUUGACGCCCUCAACGAGACGAGCCAAGAACCUGUCAUUGUCGAAGCCCUCUUGCACCUCUGCUCGAAACACUCUAACCUACGGGUCCUGGUUACUUGUACGCGCGAGCCGGCGCAGCUUGAACCCAGCAUAUACGUCCAACACAUGAGCACACAGUCUAUAGAUUGUGAUAUCGAGGUGUAUGUGGAGAAAAGGCUUUCGAGCGAACACAGUUUCCAGUCCUUGAGUGCGAAAAUACGGACCGAGAUCAAAGACAAGGUCACAUCAGAAGCGGAUGGGACCUUCCGAUGGGCCAAAUUGUGCAUGGACAGGCUCAGCACCCUCCGCACUGGAAGAGACGUACGACGUGCUCUGGUCGAUAUCCCGUCCACACUCAACGGGUUUUACGCCGGUAUCCUCACCCGUGUACCCCAACAAGACCGGGUCAUGGCCCGCGAGGCUCUUGCCUGGCUCUGCUUCUCUCUCCGGCCGCUUCAUCUCAACGAGCUCGCCGAAGCUAUCGUCCUCGAAGGUGACGAAGUCGACAUUGACGAUGACGACCGACUCACCGACCCCUCUGCCAUCAUCGAGAUCUGCCAGGACCUAGCCCACGCAAGCGACCACCAUGUCACCCUCGCCCACGACUCCAUCCGCACAUUUCUACAAUCAGAAUGGAUACGAACUUCCUCUGCCUCAGAAUACGCGCUGGACGCAGCCGCCUGUCACCAAAAGAUCAUGCGCAAGUGCCUCGCCUACCUCAGACUCGAGCCCUUCACCACAGGCCCCUUGGACGAGCUCCGGCACGUGAAGGCCAGGUUCGCAGCCUACCCGCUGCUCAACUACGCUACAAACAUGUGGCCCAUCCACUCUGAGCGCUUCCCCCUCGCAGACGAAGACGAGAAGCUCAUCCUCGACUUCUUCGACACCAAGAAGCUCUCGCACGGCGGGGCCUUUGAGGCGUGGGUGCAAUUCGUCCUGCGCUCGGCGGACCUGGACGUCAUUCGGCACACGGAACCGCUCUACUACGCCGCGUCGUUCAACAUGACGUCUGUCCUGCAGUUGAUACUGAGACCUGAGUACAAGGUCGACGUCAACAAGAGAGGCGGACGGUUCUCGUCGCCUCCGUUGUUUGUGGCCCUUUGGAAGGAUAAUGUCGAGGCGGCCAUGUUGCUGCUCAGGGCCGGGGCGAAUCCGGAUUCUUGGGAUACGAGUGGGCAGACUAGUCGGCUCCUGGCCACGAGUCGAAAGCACCACGAGGUCGUCAAGCUCAUGGAGGAGAUGACAUCUUCUUACCAGCAGGGGUUACUACAGUUGAAUAAAGACAUCCUGAGCGUGAGCAUCGAACCUUCCAAGCCACACUCUUUCAGCUGGAACAGUGUCCAUAAGCCGGUAGAAGGUGAGAGGUGCUUAAAAGUGGAGACACUGAUCAAUGCCGUUGUGGCUCGUGGCGGUGUUCCGGACAAUGCAAGAUUACUAAGCCGGGAAAUAACCCCCACUACAACCAUCACGUCACGUCUUCCGGUGAAGAGUCCACUCACUGUCCACUGCAUCAUCCCGAGCUUGAGCAGUGCCGCGGGCCUCUCUUUUUGUGAUCCCAACAACCUCACCCAACACCCUCACACCUCUCUUCCACCACCUUUCCUUUUGCCUUUUUCCUUUUCUUCCUCGCACCUUACUCCGCAGCAGUGGCGAUCACUCCAUCACCCACCACCCCCAAAGCGGCAGCCGGUCACAGACCCGAAUUACAUGCCAAAGACACAACUCAUAGGACACACCUCUCACAUCUACUCUUCACUGGCUUUCCACUCUCCACGCUGCUCUCACCUGCCAGGUACCUGCCGACCUAAGAUUACAACGCUGUCCUACCGCACCUUCCGUUCUCCACCGAUAACGACCCCAACAUCGCUUCGGCUGACGUUCUGCGCACUACACCGUACACCAAUACCAACUUUGCAUUGCGCCUGCCCCAACGUUGGGCAUUCCUCGAGAGCCUUCUUUUCCACUCUGAUCCACACCUUCGGCUAUUGUCAGCAAGCAUCUGAAGCUGCGCAAGAGCUUCAGCGCCAUCUGGCGUUCCGAGCUCUUCGCGCUGCCGGCCUCGCUGUAGGCCUUGGUCUAACAGCCCUCGCCGCCUAUAAUAGCAACCAGGCCGAAAUGGACUCACACACCCCAAGAGGCGGGCACUUGGUUGCCACGGAUGGCCGAGAGGUGGUUUACUGUCACGCCUGCUCCCAUGAGUGGUGGCAAGAUGAGCAUGGUCUGCAGUGCCCUCGCUGCGAAAGCGAGAUCACAGAGAUUGUUUCUCCCGAGAACGACCCUAGAGAGAUCGAGGACGGGCCUCCUCUUCACGAUUCCCCGAGACUCAGACGUCACAUCUACGACGACGAUUCGGAUCCUGAAGAGGCCGAUAUAGAGGAGCAUCUGCACCGCGGCCCAGGCGGAUUCGUCGUACACCGAGCCAUCUGGGACAAUUCCCAGCGCCCGGGACAGAGCCCAAACCCGAACACCCGCCAGCCCCCCGACGUGAACGAUGGCGACCAGAUUAUUCGACGCUUUAUUGAUAUGGUGAAUGAUUUCGGCAUGGGCAUGCCACCGCGACCUCCCGACGAGACUCGCCCUCCUGGCUUUGGCGCUGGUGGAAACAUUUUUGGCGGUCAGGGCAAUGUUCGCACAUUCCAGAGAACAGGUCCCGGAGGCACCACGAGCUUCACGAUCGCCACUGGACCCAUCCAUGUUCACCAAGGAGGAGCCAACUCGCCUGCUGGAGCUGGAGGUGACCCCUUCCAGUCGUACGUCAGCCUUGAACCUCGUGGCCAGCCACCGCCUGGACCUCGAAUCACAGUCGUUUCCAUUAGAACGAAUGCUGACCAACUUCCUAGUAUCUUCAGCAGCGUCUUAGCUGGAGCAGGACCCCCUCAACCGGCCGGAAUGGGUCCAGGCCAGGGACAGCGGGCGCCUAAUCAAGCGCCCACACUUCUCCAUGAGAUUCUCAACAUGCUCAACCCAGCCAAUGCCUCGCACGGCGAUGCUGUGUACACUCAGGAGGCCCUGGACCGGAUCAUCUCUCAGUUGAUGGAGCAGAACCCGGCAUCGAACGCGGCACCCCCGGCGACUGAAGAUGCGCUCAGCAAGCUGAAGCGCAAAAAGGUCGACAAGGAGAUGCUUGGCCCCGACGGCAAGACCGAGUGCACAAUCUGCAUUGACGACUUCAAGGAGGGGGACGAUGCCACAGUGCUGCCCUGUAAGCAUUGGUUCCACGACCAGUGCGUCGUCAUGUGGUUGAAGGAGCACAAUACUUGCCCCAUAUGCCGUACGCCGAUUGAAGAGCCCAGCGGCAGCAGCAGCAUCAAUGACAACAACAAUAACAACAAUUCCAAUGCGAGCGGUUCAAACAACGGCGGAAACAACAACAACCCUUCGCAAACCCACCCUGGAGCAGCAGCGUCUGGCUCUUCAGAGAGCCACCAAGACUCAUUCUGGCCUGGUAAUGAUCCGGGACACUGGGCAAACUCGAUGAGAGGGAUUCCCCCUCGACCGAGCUACAUGGACACGACCCCCCCGGUUCCUGCCGACUCCACGAGACCCCAGUCGUCAUUUGUCGAUGAAGCCUAUGGACGCUACGGGGCUUCCAGCACCGGCCGCAGUGAUCCGCAACGUCCCCAGGAAACGAGUCGAAUGCCCAGCUUCCGAUCCGCUAGACGAGACUCUCAUUCGCCCCCGAGCCUCCGCCGACACCAGUCGGAUGUGUUUCGAGCUAGACAGCGGAGUCCCUCGUCUGGAAAUUGGGACAGAGGUCAAGACAGCAACCAGGACAGUAAUCAGGAUGCCGGGUCUAAUCACGGCCCGCUUAAUUGGCUGAGAAACCAGUUUUCUCGAGGAUCGGGUUCGGGAGACAGCAACCCGCGUGAGAGACGGAGACACGAGCCACGCGGCUCCAACGCGGCCGGUAGGCAUAUCACGAAUUACGACAAGGGUCGACGGCGUUUAGCAUUGGUCACUGAGACCGUUAUUUCUUUUCUUGAGCUCGACCGCGCCGCCGUGGGUCAGACUUUUAGGACCCGCAGGGCGUCUUCUGUACAUACUUGGGACCUUGUCACAGGAAAACAGACGGGCAUCCUCCUCUUGGUGGCGAGGGUUAGGCAGGAUAAAAUCUCGUACUGCAGUCGGUAUGAUAACAGACAGUAUCCGUCCCAAUGUGAAAUGCAUAGGAUGUAUCGUAAAACCCAAUCUCACCCCAAUCUCAUCAAGGCCGCCCCAACAGUCACUCCAAUGCAGAAGGAAUUGCGUGCGUUUCUGUUGCAAGUAUAUUGUUCCCGUCGUCGUUACUUCCAUACAAAUACACAUUACCAGAUACUUGAGAGGGAGAAGCACGAGAUGGUAAAGGAUUCGACACAAGCGGUGCGCGAUGCAGCCGUAGCCAUACCCGCACAUGUGCCCGCCCCUCACACCGACACCUCAUAG